AUGGUUGUGCCUUCAUCUGCAUCUAUGCCUCGUCUUGGAGAAGAAGAUCUUAAAAAUCAACAGAAUCUCUACUCCAGAAUUCCCCAAAAGAAUUUUGAGAAAUGGCUGCUUCUGCAUCUGCAUCUUGGAAAAGUGGAGUUCGAGAAUCAGCAGAUUCCUCUACUUCAGCAUUCAUCAGGAGAAGGAGCUACGGCAGAUACUGCUUCUACGAGAAGGAACCGAAAUCGUCCCGGAAAUCCAAAUCCUGAUAUGCGGUGGUUGUUGCACUCUCUCCUGAAUCUCUUACUGCCAAGAAUCAUUUUAUAUGUGAGCUGUGCGACAAGGGUUUUCCUCGGGAACAGAACUUGCAACUCCACAGAAGAGGGCACAAUCUGCCCUGGAAGCUCAAGAAAAAGACAGAUCAGAAGGUGCAGAAGAAGGUGUACAUCUGCCCCGAAAUCGGUUGUGCGCGCCCACCAUGAUCCAGCAAGGGCUCUGGGAGAUCUGACUAGAAUCAAGAAGCAUUUUUCUAGGAAACAUGGUGAGAAAAAAUUCAGUUGCACCAGGUGUCACAAGAGGUAG